UCAACAAUGAUUAAUAAUGAAGACAUUUCAAAAGUAACAUUUUAUUGAAUCGGUUAUAUAGUUGGAACAAAACCGUCCAAAAUGAAAUGUCGGUAUUGUGCAUAACUUUCAGACCUAGCGAUUCAUGCAACGAUCAAUAAUACCUGAUUAAUUUUUUACUAAUAAAUGCUUGACAGAAUGGCUAGUAGAGAAACAUCAAUUAAUUCAAAAAACUCGGAUGAUCAUAGUGUUGAGACAUUAGCAGAAGUCUUCAGAUGUUUUAUUUGUAUGGAAAAACUAACAGAUGCACAUCUUUGUCCCCAUUGCAGUAAAUUAUGUUGCUAUACAUGUAUUAGAAGGUGGUUGACAGAACAGCGUCCUCAAUGUCCUCACUGUAGAGCUUCUUUACUUUUACAUGAAUUAGUAAAUUGCAGAUGGGUUGAGGAAGUAACCCAACAGCUUGACACACUUCAAGCUGUUGGUAUUUCAAACUCUAGGCAUGAUGACUCCAAUAGAGAUAGGUGUACUGUGCAUCGUGAGAAACUAUCUGUUUAUUGCUGGACUUGUCGUAGAUGUAUUUGUCAUCAGUGUGCUCUUUGGGGUGGUACUCAUUCAGGACAUACUUUCAAGCCAUUAGAAGAAGUAUACGAUCAACAUGUUACACAAAUAAAGACAGAAGUAGGUCAAUUGAAAAGAAGAUUAAUGGAGUUAAUAAGCCUUGUUCAAGAAGUGGAACGAAAUGUUGAAUCUGUGAGAGCUGCAAAAGAUGAAAGAGUCAGAGAAAUUAGAAAUGCGGUAGAAUUGAUGAUAGCGCGUUUAGAUUCUCAGUUGAAAGCUAAAUUGUUAACAUUAAUGGGGCAAAAAAACUCCUUAACAUUAGAAACAGAGCAACUAGAAGCUUUGUUGCAAGAAGUAGAACAUCAGUUGCAUACUUGUACACGUUCUGAACUUAUAAUCAAAAGUGCAGAUCUUUCGCGAAUGAUACAUCAAGUACGAAAAAAACCGAUGACAAGUUUUGUUACUGCUCCUGUUCCAGCUGAUUUUCAUAGCGAAAUUGUUCCGGGAUAUGAUAGCGCUACAUUCGCAAUGCAAAAUUUUACACAAUUACAAUUAAAAGCAGAUCCAGUAUAUUCUGCACCUUUACAUGUUAAUGGAUUAUGUUGGAGAUUGAAAGUAUAUCCCGAUGGAAACGGUGUUGUACGUGGAAAUUAUUUGUCAGUUUUUCUAGAACUAAGUGCUGGCUUGCCGGAAACAUCGAAAUACGAAUAUCGUGUUGAAAUGAUUCACCAAGGAUCUCGCGAUACAAAUAAGAACAUAGUUCGAGAAUUUGCUUCUGAUUUCGAAAUUGGUGAAUGCUGGGGUUAUAAUAGAUUUUUUAGAUUAGAUUUGCUUGCAACUGAGGGAUACUUAAAUACUGAACUGGAUACUCUUAUAUUAAGAUUUCAAGUACGUCCACCAACAUUCUAUCAGCGUUGUAGAGAUCAACAGUGGUAUAUCAGUCAAUUACUCACGGUUCAGAAUCAAUAUGCUACACAGAUUAAUGAAUUGAAAGAGAGAUUAGCAAUUGAAAUAUCACGGAAUGCUAUGGCAGCAACUAGAGUAUCCAGUGGAGCUACAUUAUGUGGAUCAACAACAAAUGUGUCACCUAUGAUGAUGCAACAACAGUCACAGGUUGCUGGUGAACCAUUGCUUAACUCUAAUUCCAUUCGUUCCACUGACACAUAUCAAAAUGGCACAUCUACAAGAUCAGUACAAAAUGUUCUUCCUGGUGGAGGGAAUAGUGGAGUUUUAUCAGGAGAUCAAUUAAUGUCUAUGUGUGAAUUAGGAGAACCUUCGAAUAUGCGCCCACUUGGUUCCUCUUCAACGUUAUCGUCUAUUUCUUCAAAAACAAGUUUAAAACAACAUAGAAUAAAUAAUUUAAGUGUUGUCGAAGCUGAACCACCCAAUAUGCAUAGUACAAAUGAUGGUUCUGUGGGAGAUUGUCCAGCUACAAAUACACACUCUCCUCCUCCCUCCUAUUCUUCACCAACGGUGCUUAAUCAACAACCGCUGAAUCUUCUUUCUAGUAGCAGCAGUAGUGAUAGUGGAGAAUUAAGUGAACACGAUAUAUAUAUGGAUGAAUGUGAACAUAACCAAACAUAUUUAACACUUGUGGAUGAUAAUUCUAAUGACGAAAAUGAUGUAGAUGAUGAAACAAUGUCAGGGGAAAAUGACGUAGAAGUUGCAGAGUCAUUAACAUUAUGGAUUCAGAAUAAGCAGCGGACAAAACAACAGAACAAUCGAGAAAGUACAGGAAAUAUUUGGAGAUUAGGAGGUGAUAGAUUAGAAGAUGAGAUAAUGGUCUUACAUUUAUUUGAAAUGCAAGAUCGAAAUUCUGCCUGGACUUCACUAUGCUUUAAUCAACAUGUAGACGAUACUUGUGAUUCAAGAACAUCUUUGACAACUUUGCAACAGCAUAAUUCCAACCCCUUACAACCAGAACAUGAUUCAACGUGUAAUGAACAAUUUGCUGACAAAUGUUCUACAUGUCUCUCUCAUCUUUGUCAACCUCAAAUGAUAUGCAGCCGUAGACCAAAAUUAAAUCAAUUACCCAAUAUUUGUCAGCAAGAAGUUUCCGGAUUAAUAGCUUGUGGAAGCCAGACAAGAUCUGAACCCACAACUCGUUCAAAUUCAAUAGACUGUGAGGAAGAACUGCCAAAAAUAUCUGUGGUCAAUAAAAUUAAUCACGAAGUAGAAACAUCAAGAUCAGAUUUGAUAGUGCCAAAUGUAGUAUUGGAUAGCAAUAAAAUUGUGUCGAAACAUCUAUUAUCACGACGACAAUCUUCACCGUCAUCAUCCACUAACGUUAGUAUUAUAAAUAACGAAAAUAACAAAAUAUUUGAAUUUGAACAAUUGUUAGAAACUUUUCAAUUGUCUACAAUAUCUCAAAAAGACACUGCCAGUUGUUUUAAUAAAUUAAGGAAAAAUAUUUCAUUAGAAGGAAAAUCUAAUAAUUGCACCACUGCCACUGUCAAAUCUACUACACUUUCGUUAGCACACGAUGUUUCAUUAUCGUCCGCAAGUAGUGCAGCAACAGAUGUUAUUCCAAGUACUAACAAUUAUAGUUGGGCACCAGCGUUAUAUCAGCAUAAACACGGUCAAAAAAAUGUUUUAGAGGCUACUAUGCAAGCAUCUUCUGAUCCUUCCAAUAAAUGUACCGCGGAAAGGUCAUUAGAAGAAACUAACUCGUGAAGUUUACUUUGAAUUGCAUCUGUC